GUAAAGUAGCACCAGGAAAAAUACCAGAUAUCCAAAGCAUAGCACUAGAUGCAGAAAUAGGCUAUACACUAGAAGUUGAUUUAGAAGCCCUAGUGCACUUGCACAAUUUCUUUACAGAUUAUCC